AUGGAUCCGCACAAAGGUCUGGCGAGGGACCACAGCCUGCCAGAGGUUGCCACAGAGCUGCCGCCAGAUCAGGCGCUUAGGCAGCCGCUGUUGCACUCCUCCUCGGACGAAUCGGAGGCAUGGUCUUUACUCAGCGGCAACAGCCCGAUGCGAGUCCACCGGGAAUUCGCCCAUGCCAGCACGCAGUGUCCAUCUCCUGCAGACGAGGAGGCGGUGCCGGCUCCCCAGCCAGACCCAGAUGUGGACGAGGAGAGCAUCAGGCGGCGCGCUCGUCAUCACUGCCUGCAGCUUUGCUGCGCACGGCUUUGCUGCUCAUGGUGCUGCAAGUGUAUGGUCCUGGUUGUCGUCGUCAACGCCUUUUUCUUAUCAGGUCCUCUUAGCAAGCCGAUGUGGAUCCCGAUUAGUCAGCAUGCCGCCUGCGAGAACUGUGACGACCUACCGAGAAGCGCUGACGCCUUUCGUCAGGAAGCUCCAAUGGAAGGUGGCCUCGCAGCUUGCGAGGCUCUUUGCAGUUCGUACUCAGACUGCCAGGCCGUGGACUGGUUCAACACAACAAGGUGGUGCAACUUGUACACGCAGCCCUGCCUAAAGCCGACGGCAAACUGGGAUGGCGCAAGCUCAUAUCAGAUUGCCGUGAGCUGCACGCUGUUCAAUGGCACGAGCGGUGUCAUGAUCGGAGGGCAGUGUAUGGCCGGCAUCGAAAUACCUACUACCUGGUCGGUUGUGAAACGCGAGAUUCCGAAGCUUUUGUCUUCGCCAAGAAGUUGGCUUUGCUCACUCAGCGUGGCUCUCAUCUACACGUAUGUCACGUCGUCUUGGCUUCGUGGAAAGAUACGGCCUGUGGUCUUGUGGAUCACGCCAAAGGGCCCACGUGGUCGGAGU